GCGGUUUUUAAGUUUCAAAUGGGCCAAAUAGGUGACGUGCCAAUUAUUCAUUGGUUGGCCGGACAACCCAUUCUACACGGCCCCCGUGUAGAAUUUAUAAUCUCUUUUUGGAAACUAGGCCCGAGUGCACCGAGAGUAAAUUGGUGUGCAUAUAGAACUCCCCGGUAAAUCUCUGAUUUCAAAUGGCUCUCUCUCCACAAUCACCAUUGAACUCCUCGCAGACUUCGCUCACACACACAUGGAUAUACUAGCUCAAUACAUAGAGAUAAAGAGAGAAACAAGCGCAUCCACCACCAUUUGAAGAGAGAGAGAGAGAGAGAGAGAGAGAGUGAGAGAGAAAUACCCCAAAAUAGUGUCUUUACCUUCCAACGGAGCCAUGGCAGAAAGGGCGUAUUGUUUGACCAUCUAGACAUCGAGAGAGAGUCGACGGAGAAAAAAGCAGAGAGAGAGAGAUUGGAUUCUGCACAUAUGUAAUGCAUCAGAAGAAAUCCGAAGUCCAGAUCGGAAAAGAAAGCAGCGGUGUCUCUUCCGAUUUCAACCCCACACUGCCCCUCCUCCACCACACCCAACACAACUUCAAUGCCACUCCCCUCCGGAAUCUCCCCCAGAUUCUCAUCGACCCAUCCUUUCCCCUGAAUACUAAUAAUGACCCAAUUACCCCUACUCCCUCAUCCUCAACCCCCAAAACUACGCCUCACAAGCGUCCUCUCCUAACCCAGACCUCUAUUCCAAACCCUAACCCUUCUUCCAGUUCUCUCUCCAAAUCCCCCACCUUGUCCAAUUCCCUUCACCAAUACCCGUUUUCAUCAUCAAACACCCAAUUACCACCGUUAUCGGCACUAGGAUUUAAGUUUCUGAACAGGUCUUCGAUGGCGAAGGCAGCCGUCUCAAGCCUCCUCCGCCGCCUCCACAACCUCCGCCGCCUCCGCAUCCACCUUCGACUCAUCCUCCUACUGUCUCUCCCAUUCUUCUACUUCUUGGUAUCCCAUCCGAGCCACUCCUUCGUGCUCGAUUUCCUCUCCGCCUUCGCCUUCUCUGCUGCCCUGCUGUUCUCUCUCAACCUAGCUCUCCCCCGCCUCCCCUCGAUCCGCCUGUUCCUUGCCCGGUCGUUCCCCAUUAAGCUCUCGUCUUCGAGCCACGCGUGCAGGUCGCCUCUCCCGGUGUUUUGGUCGAUUGGGUCGAGGCCGAAACCGGAGAAGAAAGUGAGUUCGGGAUGUUGGGUCGAGGUUUAUGGCAAUGGGGAUGUGUACGAAGGCGAGUUUCAUAAAGGGAAGUGUUCGGGUUGCGGGGUAUAUUACUAUUACAUGAGUGGAAGGUAUGAAGGGGACUGGAUUGAUGGGAAGUAUGAUGGUUUUGGGGUGGAGACUUGGGCAAGAGGGAGUCGGUAUCGAGGGCAGUAUAGGCAAGGCCUUAGGAAUGGGUUUGGUGUAUAUAGGUUUUAUACAGGUGAUGUAUAUGCAGGGGAAUGGUCAAAUGGGCAGAGUCAUGGGUGUGGAGUUCAUACAUGCGAAGAUGGUAGCCGGUAUGUGGGAGAAUUCAAGUGGGGUGUCAAGCAUGGGUUUGGUCACUAUCAUUUCAGGAAUGAGGAUGUUUAUGCUGGAGAAUACUUUGCCGACAAGAUGCAUGGAUUUGGAGUGUACCGUUUUGGAAAUGGGCAUCGGUUUGAAGGAGCCUGGCACGAGGGAAGAAGGCAAGGACUGGGAAUGUACACUUUCAGAAAUGGGGAGACCCAAUCUGGGCACUGGAAUAAUGGGAUUCUUGAUGUCCCAAGUACACAAAACAAUUCCUAUCUUGUUUCUCCCGUUGCGGUUUAUCAUUCCAAAGUACUCAAUGCUGUCCAGGAAUCCAGACGAGCAACAGAGAAAGCAUACGAUGUGGCUAAGGUGGACGAAAGAGUGAACAGAGCAAUAGCAGCAGCUACCAGGGCCGCAAAUGCAGCUAGAGUAGCCGCAGUAAAGGCCGUCCAAAAACAGAUGCAUUACAAUGGCAACAAGGACAAUAAUGUCCAGAUGCCUAUCGUUUGAGACUGGUAAUGAAAACUCUAUUGUCCGUAGAAUCAUCAGGCUUCUACGAACGAUUUGGCUACAGGAGGAUAUUGCAGUUGCAAUUUCCCGUAGGCUCUGUAGAGGUUUUACGUUUCUUUCCUCGGGAGGAUGUAGCAUGAUUUUGCCGUUUCUUCGUUGGAGGAAGUGGUUGAAUGGAUGAGUAGCUUAGUUGUCCCUUUUUGCUCUUUACUUUGUGUAAGAUAGCUAGGGAAAUGAUGGCAUCCAAAUGCAUCUUUUCACCAAUUUUAGUUGUUGUUUUGGUCCGCUCUUGUAAAGUUCAACCAGUUGUAAAUUUGUAACCUAUAGCUGACGCGCUGGUGCCUAGGGAAAACCUUAAUCCAGCAAGUUUUGUAUUGAGCUGAUAUCGUGGCUAAUCGAGUAGGAGAUGGCUUUGUUCGGUUCA